UGGUCCUGUGAUACCUCUCAGAAUGCCGCUGGUAAAAAGAAACAUAGACCCUAGGCACCUGUGCCACACAGCUCUGCCCCGAGGUAUCAAGAAUGAAUUGGAAUGUGUCACCAAUAUCUCCUUGGCGAACAUAAUCAGACAACUGAGUAGCCUAAGUAAAUAUGCUGAAGAUAUAUUUGGGGAGCUUUUCAAUGAAGCACACAGUUUCUCCUUUAGAGUCAACUCCUUACAAGAACGUGUAGAUCGCUUAUCUGUCAGUGUUACACAACUUGAUCCAAAGGAAGAGGAACUGUCACUGCAGGACAUUACGAUGAGGAAAGCCUUCCGGAGUUCCACAAUUCAAGAUCAACAGCUGUUUGACCGCAAAACUCUGCCUAUUCCUUUGCAAGAAACUUAUGACAUUUGUGAACAGCCUCCUCCACUUAACAUCCUCACCCCUUACAGGGAUGAUGGAAAAGAGGGUUUGAAGUUUUAUACCAAUCCUUCAUAUUUCUUUGAUCUGUGGAAAGAAAAAAUGUUGCAGGACACCGAGGACAAAAGAAAAGAAAAGAGGAAGCAGAAGCAGAAAAAUCUGGAUCGUCCUCAUGAACCAGAAAAAGUGCCAAGGGCACCUCAUGACAGACGGCGAGAGUGGCAGAAGUUAGCCCAAGGUCCGGAGCUCGCGGAAGACGAUGCUAACCUCUUACAUAAGCACAUUGAAGUUGCUAAUGGCCCAGCUUCACAUUUUGAAUCAAGAUCUCAAGCAUACGUGGAUCAUAUGGAUGGAUCAUACUCGCUGUCUGCAUUGCCCUAUAGCCAGAUGUCUGAACUUCUGAACAGAGCUGAGGAGCGAGUGUUGGUCAGGCCACACGAACCACCCCCGCCACCUCCAAUGCAUGGAGCAGGAGAUGUGAAGCCUGUGCCUCCUUGUGUUAGUUCUACUACUGGCUUGGCAGAAAAUCGUCCUCACACAGCUGCUCUGCAGGCCCCAGCUGUGCCACCUCCACCAGCUCCUCUCCAGAUAGCUCCCGGAGUCUUACAUCCAGCUCCACCUCCGAUUGCGCCUCCCCUAGCACAGCCCUCUCCUCCUGUCACUAGAGCUGCCCAAGUGUGCGAAGCUGUACCCGUUCACCCAGUUCCUCCGCAGGCUGAAGCACAGGGACUUCCCCCACCACCCCCACCUCCUCCCUUGCCUCCUCCUGGCAUCCGACCCUCCUCUCCUGUCACAGUUGCAGCCCUUUCGCACCCACCUCCCGUUCUGCACCCUCCUCCCGCAACUGUUGUCCCUGGCCCUCAUGCCCCCCUAAUGCCUCCAUCCCCACCAUCCCAAGUGAUUCCUGCUCCUGAACCCAAACGCCAUCCUUCAACUCUUCCUGUGAUCAGUGAUGCCAGAAGCGUUCUGCUGGAAGCAAUACGGAAAGGUAUUCAGCUACGCAAAGUGGAAGAGCAGCGGGAACAAGAAGCUAAACACGAGCGCAUCGAGAAUGACGUUGCUACUAUACUUUCUCGUCGCAUCGCUGUGGAGUACAGUGAUUCAGAAGACGAUUCAGAGUUCGAUGAAGUGGAUUGGCUAGAGUGAAAUUACGACAUCGCCGUACGCUGCAAGAUCGAAUGCUAAUGUCCAUUGUGGUGCUUGUUCUUUGAACGUUUGAUGGUCAUUUCUAGUGUUUUUUGUAUUCUUUUCUUUACAUGAUUAAUCCAUGUUUUUCUACUUUGCGGUUUACAGGAAGCUCCUAGUGCAUCUUUGAAACUAAGUGUUUUACAGUGGCUUUUCUUACACAUCUCUUUUGGAAGAACGCCCUUUGUUCCAAUAGACCACUAAGUAUUAAGCAUGGGCAGCUGUUGGUAGAGUAGCAGUUUCCAUUUUUUGGCAUAUCUUAACUGUGCACUUUGUGAAUUUUAAGUUAAUGAAGGCAACUGAGAUUGACAUUCCAAGGGCAGCUGUAGGUACUGAUGAGCCUUACUCCACUUCUGGUCGUGUUUUGAAGCAUGAAACCGAGCUGUCAAGGUGUCACUGCCUCGGUUCCAUCUGUACGCGAAAAGUACGUAUAGUUAGCGGCACUGAACACACUGAAAGGGAAAUGGAUCUUUGGGGGGGUUUUAUUAUUGUUUUAUUGUUGUUUUUAAAUAAUUAUGGCCUUAUUUGAAUGUUUAGAGAUUUCCCCUUCCCUUUUCCCUCUCAGGUACAUAUUGUGUGGUACUAUUUCUGCCUGCAUAAUAAAAAUUUAGGGUUUGGGUUUUUUUUUUUUCCCCCUUGUGAAAUCUUCUGACUGAAACAUGCUGUGUAACUUAUGUAACUGUUAAAAUAACAGUUUGAUUUAAUAAAUGGUUCAUUUUAAAUGUU